CAUGUCUCACAAAUUGAAAUGUCAGUUCACUGUGUGUGUUGCUUUGUGCAUACGUGUGAACACACACUUCCUGUUUGACAUGUUUUACCAGGUGUGUCACAGCAUGAAUUUACUGGGUGAAUUCAAACCUGUCCCGGUUUCAUUUUGCGAUAGUGUGUCUAUACAGUCAUUUCUGGCUGAACCUGCCUGAUAGGUGUGGGCUGGCUGGCACUGACUUGCGCAGGUAUGAAGAGGAAUCCAGCACAGUCCUGAGAGAGGAGGGAAACUACAGCACUUCUGUGACGGGAACUCUACCCUGGGAACGAGGAAAGGCUGUUUUGGAAGGAGAAACACAGGAGAAUACUUGAGAAUGUGAAAUAAACCGGAGGAGAUUCUUCAACUGAGGUUCGACCAAUGGGUCUGGGAUUCCAAUGUGGCAUUUCAGGCUCUGGGACGUACAAGAUGUUGCUGUGUUUCUCAGCAUCACAUUAUAUAUGUGUCACCUAGCUGGAGCCAUCUCCAUUCAGUCUCCCCAGAGGAGCCUGACCAGGUCGGUGCAGGAGGAUGUGUUUUUCUCAGUGGAUGUUACCUGUUUUGGGAUCCCCACCAUACAAUGGACCUUUAUGUCAGGGGCAGUGAGCCGCACCAUAGGGACUUGGGAGCCGGGGGUGUACACCAACAUAACAGAGGAUUACAGCAGCAGAGUGCAGUCCUUCAACAAUGGCUCAAUGGGCCUGUCAGACCUGCGGCUGCAGGAUUCUGGAUACUAUGUGGUCACUGUCACAGACACGGCAGGAAGCAGCAAGGAUGCUGGCUUUGUCCUGAAAGUGAACGAGGUGCUGUAUGAGGAUCUUCAGUACCUGUCGGUCUCUGCCUUAGCACUGGCCUUUGUGGCUGCCCUUCUCAUGCUGGCCACAUGGCUACUAGACAAGGCCUACAGGAAGAUAGUUGCAUGGAGACGCAGGAAAGAGAUGCCAGAAAAUGACGCAACAGAGCUGCAGCCCCUCUGAAGGACGUCUGGCUGUGCUUUAUACCCGGCCGGGAAACACCAG